CAUUUUCUCUUCUUCCUCUCUUUCUUUUCUCUUUUGCCUCCCGUCUCCUCCUUCUUUUUCUUACUGUUUUUUUUCUACUUCUUUUUCUUUGUCAUUUCCUCUCUUCUUUUCUCUCUUCCCUUUUCUUUCUCAUUUCCUUCUAUUUCCUUUUCUUUCCUCUCUUUUUUCUCUCCACUUUUUCAUAUUUUCUUUCCUUUUUAUUUUCUUUUUUCUGUUUUCUCAUAUUGCUAAAAGAGGUGGAAAUCGAAGAACAAUGGAGUCUUCGAACAUCGUAGAUGUCAAUGCCGACCCAGAUCUCAGUGGGGAUGAGAGAGAUAAUAAGUCAGCCAACACUGCCAAAAUGUUUCUGCAUGUUGGUGGUAGGUUAGUGCAGAACGAAGGCCUUAAAUACGUUGAUGGGGAGUGCUAUGUUUGGAAUGUAGACCCAGAAAAAAUAACAGUGUGGGAGUUUUAUAGAAAGGUUGAGUUUUGUAAGUAUGAUCCUGAUAUGGUAGAUGGGAUAUGGUAUUUGCAACAUGGAAAAACCUUAGAAGAUGGCUUAGUGCGAAUUGUCAAUGAUGAUUCAGUGAGGGAGGUGCUGGAAAUUAUAAAGGUUGUCAAUGUUAUCCAUGUUUAUAUACUUCAUGUCCCUGACUUUGCACAUGUAGAAGAAGAAGUGCUUCUUUUACCAGCUCCUGGUGAUGAUCAGAAGGAGGACAAUGACGAUGCAACUGACAAUGUUCAACCUAAUGUUAAUGAGGAAAGUGUUGGUGCUGAUGGGGCUGCUGCUAACAUUACUGAGGAAGGUGUUAGUGUUAAAACUCAUGAUGGGGAUGCUGUAACUGAUGAUGGUGUCAGAGUUGAGUCUGGUGAUGAUGAGGAAGAUCAUAUUAUUGAUGUUCCUGAGUUAACAGACAAUGAAGAUGAAGAGACGCUGCAAGCUAGAAAGAACGUCAAGUUUUUCAACAACAUUGAGGACAGCAUUGAGAAAGACCUUGAACGACCAACAGUUGAUGUAAAGUAUUCUGAUGCACAUACUACAGGUUCUAGUGCUAGAGGACCAAGUGGACAACAUUUGAAUGAAGUUGAUGAGAUAGGGAGUGAUGAAGAAGAUAGCUAUCUCUCAACAUCUGACGAUGAAGCGAGUGAAGCUGAACAUGGUAAAAGGAGACGGGCCACGCAUAAGGCUUACCAAGAGCCAAGAGAUGAUGAGACUCCUGACGUUAGAUUAGGAAUGAUGGCAUCAUGUGUGAAGGCACCAGAUUGUCCGUGGCAGAUUUAUUUGGCAAUGGAUGCACCAACUGAAUCUUGGAUGGUGAAGACAUUUGUGUCUGAGCAUACAUGCCACUGGCUGUUAAAGAAGAACAAGCGAUGCAACUCAACAGUAGCUGCAAAGCACUUGGUGAGGCACAAAGGGUUUACUGCCUUGUACAUGAGGAGAACUGACAUUUAUAAUGUCAUUAGGAAAGAGUUAAGUGUUGAGUUAUCUGACCAUCAACUGAAAAAGGUGAAGGAGAAGAUUGGGAAGGCAUUUGAGGGUGAUUGCAAGAUGGAAUAUGGUAAAUUAUGGGAUUAUGCUGUAGAACUUCGAUCGAAAGACCCUGCUGCCACCAUCAUUAUAUCGGCAUCAAGACCAACUACAGAUUUAAAUCCUGUUUUCUUAAGGAUGUACAUAUGUUUUUCUGCAAUGAAGCUGGGAUUUGUAGCUGGCUGCAGGCGUGUUAUUGGUCUUGAUGGUGCCUUCCUUAAAGGAGCCCGUGGAAGGUGAAACCACAGAGA